AUGACAUUCUAUCAAAAUCUCGAAGCCAUUGUAACUUUAUUUAUACAACUGUUUGUGAUAUUUCCGUAUAGCGCUUUAACAAUUCAACGACAGCGAGAAUUGAUACCAAAAGAUAAACAAUCGAUUGAACAUACUGCACAUUCCGAAGAGAAAGAACCAGAAAGAAAACCAGGAGCCAUGAUAUCAGAUAAAGUUUACAAGCUCUGUACGAGCCGGGAGACGGUCUCCUCAUUACUCGCAAAGGAUCCUACUAUGGCGCCAGGUGAUGCAUGGAAGCAAUUGUACGGAGGCCAUGCGGCAGGUGAGAAGGAGAGUAAGAAUGAGGCCAGGAGACAUCGCGAUACAAUUACACCAGAAGAUUUGCAAAGAGCGCUGGAGUGCGGAAAUUGGGGUUCAUCUCAGCCAAGUGAACUCUUUUUAAAAAUGUAUCACGAUGCGUUAUGUACUCUGGACAAUAGCGUUAGCAAUUGUAUGGUCAGUCCGCCAUUGAUGGGUAGUUCUGGUGUUAUGCCAUUGAGUGUUAUUUCAGUAGUACCGGAUAUCAUGCGACAUAUGUCAAAUCUAAUUGUCCGAGCCGAGAAAGAAGUUAUCUUAGCAACAAAUUAUUGGCAGAAUUCGGUUGCCUCGAAAUACAUUACAAAUGCCAUGAGGGAGCUUUCUAGAAGAGCUGGUGAGAGAGGUGAAAGAAUCGUAUUCAAACUACAAUAUGAUAGAGGAAGUGCAAAACAAUUGCUCGACAAUCAUUAUUUCGUUCCGGAGAAGGAAUAUUUGGGAAAAGCUGUUGCGCUUCCUGCUGCAGAAGAUAUUCCAAACAUCGACCUCCAGGUCAUGAACUAUCACAGACCUAUGCUCGGAACAUUCCACUGCAAAUACAUGGUUGUGGAUAGAAAAUUUGCUGUCCUCCAAAGCAACAAUAUUCAGGAUAACGACAACAUGGAGAUGAUGACACAUUUGGAAGGACCAAUUGUUGAUUCGCUGUACGACAUGGCUUUGAUUUCUUGGCAUAAGAAGUUUGAGCCGCCAUUGCCCAGUCAUAAUUCCCCUGCGGUUCAGGGUGGGCUGAGAUCAUUUGAAAACAAAGGUCACAAUGAAAUUUUUGAUCAAAAUGGAGCAAUCAGAGGCCACUCAGCUGUGGUCCACCCAGAAAGAAUGCAGGCACAAUCCGCUUACUCAUAUGAGCCCCGAGCUUCAAAUCAGCCUGGUUAUAUUCACCCCGAGUCUACAGUCAAUGGAAAUGUAGGUACAGGACCUUCAACGACUGAGGGUAUCACACACCCUGUUGGAAACUCUGACAACUUAGAAGACCUUGGCAACGGAGUCAGACAGGUUCAAUUGAAUGGCGAUCAAAAUACUCAUCCUGGAUUCGAAGUUAAAGAUCUCAAAACUACAGAAAUCAUGGCCGAAAAUGCAAGAGCAAUUGCAACAACAGGAGAUGCUGAGCACGUUGUUCACACUAAAGAUGGCCCGAAAAAUGUCCCUGAGAAUGGUACUCUUGCUCAGCAUGGAGUCAACGGACCCGACAUGGAGACUCAAGAAUUCUUGAGUAAUGGCACCCAAGUAAUUCCCCAAUCACAAAUUGAACAUCCUUCACCAUCCGGCAAUCUUCUCCCAGAACACACGACUGAUGACCCUCAUUACGACGAAGAUAUCGCCGGCGAAGUAGCCCGAGUCCAAACUGCCGUAUCUCCCAAGAAUGGAGAAACCAGAGUUGAAGCUGUUACUCGUCAUCUCAACCACACUAAAAACACAGGCUUCAAAGGGAAUGCACCAGAUUGUGCACCACAGGAGGAGAUGACUCCUUACAUUCCUCAUCCGGUUCAUGAACCAUUCCCCAUUGCUAUGGUUUGUCGUGAACCAUAUGGAUCCCCAAAUCAUAGUUCUGUGUAUAACCCUCAAAAUGAGGUUUGGCUUUCUGCAUUGAGAAAUGCUACCAAGAACGUGUUUAUCCAGAGUCCAACACUCAAUGCGGAGCCUUUGGUUCCGGAAAUUAUCAAUGCUUGUGAGAGGGGCAUUGAUGUUUAUUGCUAUAUUUGUCUUGGAUAUAAUGAUACUGGUGAACUCCUCCCAAUGCAAGGUGGCACCAACGAAAUGAUCGCCCAUAAAAUGUACACCACUCUCUCCGAUGCUGGGAAACAGCAUCUCCACUACUUUUUCUACGUGGGUAAAGACCAAACCACCCCAUUAGUAGCCAAAAAGAAGCUUCGCGAUUGCCAUAUCAAAGUAAUGAUCGUAGAUGAACAUAUCGGUAUUCAAGGCAACGGAAAUCAAGACACACAGAGUUGGUUCCAUAGUCAGGAAAUCAACGUCAUGAUUGAUAGCGCGAUGGUUUGUAAGGGAUGGAUUGAUGGAUUGAGGAGAAAUCAAAAUACGCAUUUGUAUGGGGAGGUGGGGAAGAGUGAUGGUAUUUGGAGAGAUGAUAGGGGAGAGGAAGCGAAAGAUGUUAUUGGAGUUGACCCAGGGAGGUUUAGUUGGGCGAAGGGAUUUUUGGGCGCGAUCAAUAGGGUUAGAGGGACGGGGGAUUUUUAG